AUGGGGUGGACCUCAAGCGUUGUAAAUGGUUUGAGCAACAUUCACUUGCAAAGGAGGCAACGAACAGAGGAUGAAACACGCUCGGCAAUGCUUGAUCUUGAUUUUCUUGAUUGCCCUAUUUGCGUUGAGCCAUUUACUAUUCCUAUCUUCCAGAUAUGGCUCAUUGAUUUCGUAUUUCAGUGUGAUAAUGGACAUUUAGCUUGCGCUUCUUGCUGUCCCAAAUUGAGUAAUAAGUGCCCUGCUUGUACUUUGCCUGUCGGUCACAAUCGCUGCAGAGCAAUGGAGAGUAUUCUUGAAUCAAUCUCUGUCCCAUGCCAAAACGCCAAGUUUGGUUGCACCAAGAAAGUCUCUUAUGGGAAACAAUCAACUCAUGAGAAGGAAUGUAUCUUCUCUCCUUGCUUUUGCCCCAUACAGAACUGCAAUUAUAGUGGCUUGUACAAGGAUGUGUACUAUCACUUUGGUAUUCAUCGCGACAUAGGAAGAGUUGAUUGUUGGUUUGUUCUUGGAGAAUUUGUUGAAUUAGACUUUGACUUCAAGGAGAGGGCAAUAAUGGCUAUGAACGCAUAUAAGGAAGACCUAUUGUUUACUGUGCAAUGUCUUAGUGACCCAAAUGGUAUUACUUAUGUGACUGCGAGCUGUAUUGCUCCUUCUUCGCCGGAAGUUGGUGAAUUCUCGUGUCAUAUAUCAACUACUUUUCAUGAACGUGCUAUCGUGUAUAAAUCGAUGAAGGUGAAGAACAUUCGAAAACUGAGUUUUCAAAUCCCUCAAGAGACCUAA